UGGAUCCUGGUGGCUGCGGCCCCUGCGGGGGCACGCAUGCGGGCGCGACCCCCCAUCCGAGAGAGCGGGCAUGACGGCCACCCACCGCCAGCAUGACGACGUACACGCCCCCCGCGGCCCCCGCGCCCAGCCCGGGCUGCAGUCCCUGGGGGGGCGCCGACGCGCACCCUCUCAGCCCUCGCAACUCGGAGGUGAGCGCGCUGGAGCAGCGCGGGUACAUCAUCGGCAAGAAGGUCGGCCAGGGGACGUACGCCACGGUGCACGUCGCAGAGUACGUGGACGCCGCCGCCAACCGCAAGAUGAGGCUCGCCUGCAAGAUCUUCGACAAGGACAGGGCGCCGUUUGACUUCCUCGACAGGUUCUUCCCGCGCGAGCUCGAGAUCCUCACCAAGAUCGAGAACCCGCACAUCAUCCAGGUGCACAGCAUCCUGCAGCGCGGGCCGCGCCGCGGGCCGCGGGUGUUCAUCUUCAUGAGCCUGGCCGAGAACGGCGACCUCCUGGACUACGUCAAGAGCAACGGCGAGGUGGCCGAGUCCCGUGCCAAGGUAUGGUUUCACCAGAUCUGCCGCGGCACGGAGUACCUUCACACCAAGGACAUCGCGCAUCGCGACCUCAAGUGCGAGAACGUGCUCCUGUCGAGAAACUUCAAUUGCAAACUCACCGACUUCGGCUUCGCUCGCUACUGCAGCGACCUCACCCCGACCGGGCUGUGUGAGACGUUCUGCGGCUCGGCGGCGUACGCGGCGCCCGAGGUCGUGGGGGGCACGCCCUACAACCCCAAGCUGGCCGACGUCUGGUCCCUCGGCGUGAUCCUGUACGCCAUGCUGAACGCCACCAUGCCCUUUAACGACUCGAAUCGACGCAAGCUCCUCAGCGACCAGAUGGCGGGCAACUGGCAGUUUAGCUCGCGCGUCGAGUACUCAGUGUCGGCCAUCGCCAAGUCAUUGGUGGCGCGCAUCCUGGAGCCCAGCGUGGCGAACCGCAUCUCGCUCAAGGACAUCCUCGACCACGACUGGCUGCGCUCGUGCAAAGAACACCAUCCUCCCCCGAACGUCGCGGCAGCCGAAGGCGUGGACAGCAAACACAGAGUCGCCUCGCCCAAGACCCUGUCCGAGGACAAGCCCUCGUCAUCGGCUACUGGCUCCAUGGUCACCCCGACGCCUACGGCUCAGACUGGACAUCUUUUGCAACGUACUGAUGGCACAUCAGUCAGCGGUGCGGGCAUGAGCACUUCUAAGGCCUUCAGCACCUUCGGUAAGCCCCAACAGGGUACUCCGGGAGGGAUCUUCAGCCAACCCGAGGCUUUAGUCCCGGCACCCACUCCGGCCCUAGUCGCCAAGUGUCAGGUGAGGAGAGUAGAGGACCAGUAACUGCAGGGUCGUCCUGGAAGCAUAUCAUGGGAGCAAUGCAUCUUUAGGCACAGUUGAAAACACAUUAAAAAUGAAAUAAGAAAAAAAAG